AUGCCUUCCCUGAGCGACAUCGAAGACCUCAUCGAGGAGAAUCUUCCUCGUAACCUGCAGGAGCUCCCGCACAAGAUCUCGGUGACGGUGCACGAGUACUACGAUGCGCUCUACACGCAGUUGACCAAGUACGGCCCGCCCCUACCAAACCUGCCAUCGCUGCCCGAAGGUCUCACAGGCAAAGUGCAAGAGGUCUUUUCGCCAAUGUCGGCACCACCGCCCGCACCACCGCCGCCUCCGCCGCCCAGCACGCUCGAGAUUGUGCACCAAUGGAUCAAGGACCACCGGCGCGGUCUCUCAGUCGCCGGUGGUGUCCUAGUCCUCGGCUUCGGCACAAGGGCUGCCUACCUGAGCGGUGCCAUCUGGCUACCCGGCCUCGGUCGCAAGCAGGUGGCCAGCAACCGCCGUACCCGUAAGAUCCGGACGCAGAACGGAAUUCGGAGAGAAGCAGUCAUAGUCCUCGGCGGAGACACCCCCAUCGGCCGUUCCAUGGCGCUCCACUUUUCGGGCAUGGGCUUCAUCGUCCUCGCCUCGGUGUCGUCGUCGUCGGCGCUGGCGCAGUUUGAGACCCACAUCCCACCAAGCUCUCGCGGCUAUGUCAAGGCGGUCGUGUUUGACACGAGCGACCCGACCGGAUCGCUGCAGCCCUUCAUCCGCGCGCUCAACGCGGCACUCAGCCUGAGGUACCCGCUCACCAGCGCAGGCGAUCCGUACGCUCGGCCGGGCGAGAAUGUCAGCAUCGCGGGCGUCGUCAACGCGCUGGGCUUCCUCUCGCCCGAGGACGAUGCCUUGGCCGGCUCGAGGAGCAUGUCCACCUCCAGCCUGGCGACGAGCGUCGGGAGCUUGCCCAUGUCGCGGCUGAGCCCAGACCACACAUCGGAGCUGCUCGACAAGCAUGUCGUCUCGAGUCUCUGCGUCCUCGGCAGUCUCCUCCCGCUCCUUCGCUCGCUGCCGAACCGAUCCGACGACCAGACCGAUCUUUUCCCUGCAGCCGUCAUCAAUCUGGUCUCGAGCCCAGCUUCGAGGACCUCGUUGCCCCGUCAAGGCGUGCUAUCGGUGGUCGCGCAAGGCUUCGCUGCUGGCGUUCAGAGCCUGCGUCGCGAGUGCGAGGAGGACUCGCUGAACUCAAAGGCCGGCUACCGGGUCGCCUCCAACGCUGGCAGCGGCAGCGGUUCCGGUCGGCGUCAGGCCAGGGAUGCCGGCCGACCCCUUCCCAAGCAGCGCGAUGUUCGCGUCACAGUCGUCGAGAUCAACUCUGGCUCGCUGCUCGGUGGAUCACCUGCUUCCGCCUCGGACGCUCAGGCGCCUCUCUCGUCUUCGUCUACGAUGGUAGGAUCCUCGACGCGGCCGUCGCUGGCGCGGUCUGCCUCGACCUCGUCGCAGUGGCAUCACCGCUCGCCAGCUGCGGCGCCGGUCCUGCAAAAGGUCAGCGACCUGCUUCUGUCGCCCAAACGGCGCCUGAAGCCGUCGUACACGGUCGGCACCCGCACCGUCUCGGCCUACUGGCUCGCAAUCACCCACUCGUUCUUGUCGAUGCUGCCGACGAGCUUCGUCGACAUUGUGCUGGCACUUCGCCGCCAGCUCUCGCUGCGACGUGCGGGCCUCAUCGGUCGGGCCGAGCACGCCUUCUCCGCGGCGGGUGGCUGGGCAGCGAGCCGCGGCCAGACCCCGCGGUCGGGCGAUGGCGCGGGGGGCGGGUAUGCUGGCGGACCGGGCCCCGGACCAGCUUCCAGGUCGCACCUGAGGACGUCGCUGGAGGACAACCAGGUCGCGCGACGAGCGACGCAGGCCGGCUACGACACCCGCGACUCGGACGCCCAGAGCCUGCCGGAGAGCGAGCGAUCCUCGGGCCUCGGAUCCGGCUCGGGCCUCCCUAGCAGCGUGACCUCCUCGGCCUAUGGCGACCACGACGGCGACGCCGAGGUCGAUGUCGACGCAGAGGGAGACGAGACCGGCGUCGAGGCCAGUCCGCUGCUCAGCUCGAGCCAGCACUCGUCGAGCCAGAGCGACAGUCGCACCACGCUCGGCUCGGCGUCGGCGCAGAGCCGGGCCGGCACGGGUCCCGCGGACUUGUGGAUGGGCGCCGCGCCCAGCAGCAGGGGGGCCGCCUCGCCGGCCAACUACGCGUCGGAGAACGAGAGCCGCGCGACCGACAGCCCGCUCGGCGCUAGCUGGGUCGCUCUCGAUGAGAGCCAGAGCGGCCGUUGA